AUGGAAGCUGAAAUUCGGCGUACCAUCUUUGAAAACCAAACCAAGGCGCAGCAGCAAAUGUUCACCGAGUUGAUGAAGCGUAUGGAAAAGAUGGCCUCUUCUUCGCAAACAGCCGUUCCAACACCACCGGUCGCCACGGACGUCAUCUCAAGGGACGGUGCUACCUUAGACGAUGCAGCGAAAGCUCGACUAAUCGUCUCCAAAUUCGACGCCGUCACAUAUGCCCGUUUCACAAACCACAUUCUUCCUAAAAUAGCAUGCGAUGCUUCCUUAACGGACACGGUUCUUGCUCUGAAGGAGUAG